GCCCAGUGUCUAGUGAUGCUAGCAUCUCGAUUAGCCUAUUGUAUUUCCUUUAUAUUUUUCAUCCGAAAACUGGUUGAAAUCUUUUACAAUAUUCCUCCAAGUGUCAUCAUUGAUGUUGAUAUAGACAUGUAAGUGAGAUAUAGCCUACUCCUCAGACUCAGAUUACAUCCAGUUCCAACCAAUGUUACAAUUGAUUGACAAGCAGAACAGUUUCGGAGGACCAAAGAUGAAGAUUAUGCGACUCACUUUCCUGUCUCUUGUGGUGUUGAUAGCAUUCUCAGUUACCUUGACACUAGCCAGAGUGAAACGUAAAAUGAAGGAAGAAUUAGAAACACCUCCACUACCACAACAAGAAACACCAGCACCACCACCAACACAAAGACGAAGAAGGACCACAGGUCAGACUACAGAACAGACUACAGGUCAGCCUACCGGUCAGACUACAGGUCAGACAACAGUCCAGACCACUGCAGACGCAUUGGCCAGGAUGAAUCUAAACCAACAGCCGCCGGCUCCAUAAACUUCAGUUCAGCCACAUAGAAACCCUAAUGGAUCUCUUCCGUCCUAUUCCAAGAAACUAAAUUACGAAAAAGAAGUUAUAGACGUAGUCCUCUGCCAAUAUGUUCCACUACCAUCAUACAUUCUCCAUCAAGAUUUUUAAUUAUCUUAAUUCAUUCUACACACACACACACACAUACACACCCACACACCUUGCAGAAAUCAUAUAAUAUAUUAAUAAAAUACUGAAAGAAUUGAAACAAGUGACUGAAAAAUUGAUUCAUCUGAGAAUAAUAAGAAGCUCAUUAAUCUCAACCGGAGAAUGAUCCAUCAACCAUAGGUGUAAUUUAUAUUAUUUGUAAGAUUUAAGAUUAUUUGAAUAUUUAAUCUCGACGGGAAGACUAUUGAAAAAUUUAGUACCCAAAAAAAUUAUGCUCUUUUGAAAGAGACUGUCUGUACCUUCCAGUUUUCUUCUAUAAAGAAAUUAAAUUUUAAUUUUUGGAAUUCUUUCAUUUGAGAAUAAGAAAAACAAACAUGUUAAGCUUGCAAUAUACUGGUGACAGGAAUAAGAUGAUUGUCUUACAAAGACAAAUAUCUUUGAUUUUUACUAGCAACAUAGUGAUUUUUUAUAAUAAUGAGCUAUAUGAUAAGUUACAAUUUCUGUAGAAUGAUGAAAAAGUCGAAAACUGGUGAUUUAUCUCUGUCCAGUGUAGAUUGAGACAGUAGCAUCUCAAUUUAGGUCUACGCACAGGUUUUAACUUGUAGGCUACUCCUUAAACAUAGAUGGACAUAAAAAAAAUAUACUGCAGUUUUGGGAUCAUUUAAUAUAUUUAAUAGUAUUUUUCUUGUAUUAUUUUUAGAUGUUAUAAUAUUAUAUUAUUAUAAUUGUGUAUGUUUUUUGAGAAAUAAAUUUGAAUUUGAAUUGAAA